AUGCGGCCGCAGCAGCCAGGACUCGAUCGCAACACUAAGGUCACUUCGGAGGGACCAACGAUUGCGUUCCUCUGCGAGUACGAUGCCCUGCCCGAGAUCGGCCAUGCCUGUGGCCACAAUCUGGUCGCGGAGUGCGCCGUCGGUGCCGCCAUCGCCGUCAAGGAGGUCAUGAACGAGUUCAAGAACAUUCACGGGAAGGUGGUGGUACUGGGCACUCCAGGUCAGGAAAACUAUGGCGGCAAGGAGGCCCUCCUGCAGAAGGGCGCCUUCAAGGAAAUGGACGCAGCUCUCCUGGCGCACCCGGCAAUGUUUGACGCUGUCAAGCUCCCACUUGCCGCCAGGCAGCAGAUCACGGUGCAGUUCCAGUGCAGCCCGCGCUUCAGGUCACCCUGGGAAGCGUCCAGCGCUCUGGACGCCGCAGUCGCGUCCUACGUGAACCUGGCGCUCCUCCGCCAGCAGGCUAGGCCUUCCUGCAGGAUAAUAGGCAUCCUGCUGGAGUGCGGGCGGAGCGACAUUGUGACGCCAGAGACGAGCCGGAUGGUGUUUCACGUGUGCGCCCCGACGGUACCCGAACUGACCAACCUGAUGACGCGCGUCGAGGCGUGCUUCGAGGCAGCGGGUCAGGCCACCGACUGCUCCCUAGUGCAAGAGAAGAGCAUCGUCUACAAGAACUUCGUCCACAACAGCGUCUUCAACGCGGCCUACGCCAAGCAUGCACGUCACAUGGGUGUAACGUUCGCCAAGGGCGACGAGGCGCUCUUGGUGCCGUCGGGCGCUGCCUCGGACGCGGGCAACGCAUCGCAAGCGCUGCCGUGCCUGCAUGCCAUGUUCGCCAUCGCCAGCGCGGGCACAAACCACUCGCGAAGCUUCGCCGCCGCAGCGGGAUCCCGCGAGGCGCAGACGUCCGUGCGGAAGGCGGCCAAGAUGCUGGCCCUGACCGCGCUGGACCUGUACACGGACCCCAACCUCCUGGCGCGCAUCAAGCAGGAGUUCCAGAACUGGAAAGCCAAGCAGCAUCCGCAGCUGUGACAAGGUUCAACAAUGGCAUUAGACAUGGCGACGAAAGUAGCAACGACAGCAGUAGCAACAACUAGUGUGCACCGGCAAAGGACAGCGUCUGCAACAACGACUUCAACCGCAGCAACUGCGCUGAAGCUGUUGUUGCAGUAACAGCUACGGAAGCGACACGAAGAAGACCGGAUGCAAGACGAACUGCCAACCAAUACAGCUGUCUCCUGGGGCAUUGCUGAAUCAAGUGUUCUCGGGGGGGGGGGGGGGGG